GAACCCUUUUCAGGCUACAAUAUUGACUUUGCUCCAAGUGGACCGGAGGUGGGAAUGACAUAUUUCCACCUCGUCAGAAAAGACGAGGAGACACACACCUGCAGAACAGACGACGUGCCUCCAUCUUUCAUUCAUCCAACAUUUUGUGUCCCAACCAACGGAGCAGCUGUGGAAAAAGAAGAAGCCGGCGCAUGAAGAUUCACAGCUGCUGGUUGCGCUGUUAGAACGAAACGAGAGAGAUGAACACGUUGAACGCGAUGUCAAGCGCAUUGAAGACGCGUGUCCUCACAGCUGGCCGUGAAUCACACAGGCGCCGGCUCUUUUAACACGCUCGUAGAGGCUUUGGAGGGUUUCUGCGCGGAGUCGAGUUUGGUUUUAUCGUGUGACAUCUGGUCGCUCCACCACCAUCACACACUGCCUCCACACAUGCACCAAAACACUGGAUAAUCACCUCCCAGCCUCAGUGAUUUCCACAUUACGUGGCAGCAGUCAUGCAGAGGAUGCUCCCUUCACAGACACAGACACUCGCCGCCUUUAGAUGAAACCGCACAUCUGUGUGUAAGUCAUAUUACGGGUCAGCGUCUGCCAAGCAGACGUGCUGUCAUCAGCAGAUACUCCGCCGGCGUGAACACCGGGACCGGGCCCAUGUCUAGUGUGUCUGUCAGUCAGUCCAGCAUGCAAUCACUGAGGAAUGCCUUUGUUCUGCAGACGAGAGAGACGUGAGCUGGACCCACUUUGGGUGCAGAGUAGCUGCAGAGGCCUUUUGCCCCCGCUUCCUGUUCCACUGUCUUUGUGUGGAGGGAAAUAUUUCGAAGGAAGUGUCUCCAACCCAAAGGCCCCUCUUUACAGACAUCACUCCAGCUCUUCUCCUGUGUCCACUGUUUGAUUUGCAUUUUCUUGGUGUUGGAGGGUUCUUGUCUUGUCUGAAGUUGAAGGAAUACUGUUAUCUGGGCAUCCUCAACGGUAAUUAGGUUUCCAGUAUCUUCUUUCCCUCUCUAGCUGCCUCUGAGCACACAUUAGAUAUUAUCUGACUGUAAAGUGCUCGCAGACAUCAGUAACUCGACACACGUUACUUUGCUGUUCAGGAAAUGCUCGGCCGUAAGCGAAUGAAUCACUCUAGCAACGACCCCCGCGACCCCGCACUGGUGUGGUGUCUCUGUCUCUGUAGAGUGGCUGCAGCAGAUGGUGCCCGGUUGUAAUCACAACGAUGGCGGCGGUGUCACGCUUUCAGGGGAGGAUUAGGUCGGUUCGGGCUUCUGCUCCCCUUCACUCCACGGUGGUCAUCGGGAGGUGGAGGGAGCCACUCAGGUUAGCCUGCAGGAGGGUAAACAGCUGACUGUGCAGUAAUGCCACAUGAAGUGUGCACGUGAGGCAGCUGCAGGCUAAGAUGCUGGGCCAUCCAGCUCUUAUCCAGCUCCACUCAGCAGUGGAAUUCCCCUCUCUCUCUCUCGCUCUCUCUCUCGCUCUCUUUCUCGCUCUCUCUCUUGCUUUCUCUCUUUUUUUUAUUGGGUUAAAAGAGUCCAAUUUUAGAGCCGAGACAAAAGGCGGCUUCACUCGACCCCGGAGAGCACAUCACAGAGCAAAUGUGUGAAAAUGAUUGAAGAGUCCUGUGUGUGUGCGAGGGGGUGAUUUAGGGCGGCGUGCUUGUGGCGUUCAGCUGGUUUAUUACCCGCCUGUCUCGUCCUCCCUCCCUCCCUCGCUGUCCCACCGCUCUCUGCUGAUUGAAAGCGCCCGCUGGAGCGCGAUGCUGUCCGUGUGCAGGAGGGCGACGGCUCUCGGGUCGAUGGAGGCUGUGGCGUCGACGCCGGUGUGCGUGUAAAGCGCUGCCUGGGCCCAUUGAUUCACCGGCUAAUUACAGACAUGAUGUGGGGUCGCAGGGCGGCUUGGAUCCGCCAGGCUGUCGGAGCCCUGUUUAUUCUGCAACCAUGUUGUGUUUGCAGCGUUGGGCAUGAGUCAAACUACAAAAAGGCUCCGAACGCACAUUGAAAUGAGGAUACAGCAGCAGUUUGACUCCGUCGCACACUCUCGAGCUCACCCUUGUCUGACCUCACAUCCUCCUCAGACAAACACAUUCGCAGCGUUAAACAAAUCAAUACAGGAGUGACGCUGCCUUCAGCUCUGAAUCCUUUGGGCUCGUUUUGGAGCUUUUCCCAUCGAAUGGAAACGCUCGGAUUGAUCCGACGCCUCGCGGAGCAGCUGCACUCUCUGGGAAUACCUGCACGCACACAUGCAUGUCUGUGAAGUCUGAUCUACGCUUGGAGAGUCUGUCGGAGCCAGACAGAGCUAAUGGGAUAAUGACAUAUGCAACAGAUGAGUCAUUUAACGGGAGCUGAGGGAACGAAAACCACAGCUCUGUGCAGCUCUGGAUGUGGAUCGCAGUGUUCUGUACAAGAUGAAGAAGUCUGUGAAGGCAAUCUACGCGUCUGGCCUGGCCCACGUCGAGAACGAGGAGCAGUACACGCAGGCCCUGGAGAAGUUUGGAGAGAACUGCGUCUACAGAGACGACCCUGACUUGGGAUCAGCCUUCCUCAAGUUUUCGGUCUUCACCAAGGAGCUCACUGCGCUCUUCAAGAACCUGUUCCAGAACAUGAACAACAUCAUCACCUUUCCUCUGGACAGUCUGCUGAAAGGAGACCUGAAGGGAGUCAAAGGGGAUCUGAAGAAGCCUUUUGACAAAGCCUGGAAGGACUAUGAGACUAAAGUCUGCAAAGGACAUUCUUUACUGAAAGGCACCAAGAUCGAGAAGGAGAAGAAGGAGCAUGCGAGGCAGCACGGGAUGAUCAGGACGGAGAUCAGCGGGGCGGAAAUCGCCGAAGAGAUGGAGAAGGAGAGGAGGUUCUUCCAGCUACAGAUGUGUGAGUAUCUCCUCAAGGUCAACGAGAUCAAAAUCAAGAAAGGCGUGGACCUGCUGCAGAACCUCAUCAAGUACUUCCACGCUCAGUGCAAUUUCUUUCAGGACGGUCUGAAAGCUGUGGACAACCUGAAGCCUUCCAUAGAGAAACUAGCCACAGACCUGCACGCGAUCAAGCAGGUGCAGGACGAGGAGAGGAAGCAGCUGACUCAGCUGCGUGACGUGCUGAAGUCGGCGCUCCAGGUGGAGCAGAAGGAGGACUCCCAGGCGCGUCAGAGCACCACCUACAGCCUCCACCAGCCACAGGGGAACAAGGAGCACGGCACCGAGCGCAGCGGUUACCUUCACAAGAAAAGCGAUGGAUUGAGGAAAGUUUGGCAGAAGAGGAAGUGCACGGCGAAGAACGGAUAUCUGACCAUCUCACACGGCACGGCUAACCGACCACCAGCUAAACUCAACCUGCUCACCUGCCAGGUGAAGCACAAUCCUGAGGAGAAGCGGAGUUUUGAUCUCAUAUCACAUGACAGAACGUAUCACUUCCAGGCCGAGGACGACCAGGACUGUCAGAUCUGGAUCUCUGUGCUCCAGAACAGCAAGGAGGAGGCGCUGAAUCAGGCCUUCAAAGGGGACCAGCACGUGGGCGAGAACAACAUCGUGCAGGAGCUGACCAAGGCGAUCCUGGGAGAAGUCAAGAGGAUGACGGGGAACGACGUGUGCUGUGACUGCGGCGCUCCAAACCCGACGUGGCUGUCCACCAACCUGGGCAUUCUCACCUGCAUCGAGUGCUCGGGGAUCCACAGGGAGCUGGGAGUGCACUACUCCAGAAUCCAGUCGCUCACUCUGGAUGUGCUCAGUACCUCGGAGCUCUUGCUGGCCAAGAAUGUGGGGAAUGCAGGCUUUAAUGAAAUCAUGGAGGCGUCGUUGGGCGCCGAAAAUGUGGUGAAACCCAACCCAGCGAGCGACAUGCAGGCGAGGAAGGACUUCAUCACCGCCAAGUACACGGAGAAGCGCUUUGCCAGGAAGAAAUGUCCCGACGUGCCGUCGCGGCUCCGCACGCUCUGCGACGCCGUGAAGGCGCGGGACAUCUUCUCUCUCAUCCAGGUCUACGCUGAGGGGGUGGACCUCAUGGAGCCCAUUCCUCUGGCCAACGGACACGAGCAGGGGGAGACGGCGCUGCAUCUCGCUGUCAGACUGGUGGACAGAACGUCUCUCCACAUCGUCGACUUUCUCACUCAGAACAGCUUGAACCUGGACAAGCAGACGGCCAAGGGCAGCACAGCUCUACACUACUGCUGCCUCACCGACAACAGCGAGUGUCUGAAGCUGCUGCUGAGGGGGAAGGCGUCCAUAGACAUCGCUAAUGAAGCCGGGGAGACGCCGCUGGAUAUCGCUCGAAGGCUCAAACACCUACAGUGUGAAGAGCUGUUGAACCAAGCGCUAGCAGGGAAAUUCAAUGCCCACGUCCACGUCGAGUACGAAUGGUGUCUGCAGCAUGAAGACCUGGAUGAGAGCGACGAAGAUCUGGACGAGAAGCCCAGCCCUCACCGCCGAGACGAGCGGCCGGUCAGCUGUUACACCCCCAACAGCAACUCCCACGUCCAGUCCAACCUGGGCUCCGGAGGCCGGGAAGCCGCCAAACAGCGGGCCUUCGUGCCCAACCUGGUCAACAACGAGACGUACGGCACCAUCCUCAGCACCAGCGCGCCUGCGCCAUCCGGCGUGGCUGCUCCGCCUCUGCCCCCGAGGAACCUGGUCCAGAUAUCCAGCCUGGGGGGGAUCAGCCAGUCCUCACCGUCCAGCAGCUGGAAGCCUGGCUCCCUAGACCUGGUUGGCAGACAGAGGUCGUGCUCAGACCCCCCCAACAUGCACCCUCCCGCCCCCCCCAUGAGACUUACCUCAACCACAGGUCUGGUUCCUCCGUCUGUGGUGAAGUUGGAAGCUAUGAGCAUUCAGUCCAAGACGGGCCAGGGACCACCAGGUUCCCGGGCAGCGCCACCCAAAUCCCCUGCAGGCAACGAUAAAAGCUUCGGCAGAGGACCUCUGAAUCGCACGGCGUCCACCGAGAGACCAGCUAAGGAAGUGCCAGGAUGCCCCCAGAACUCCGUCGGUCAGUCUCUCCCUCCAGCCCCCAUGCCGAGGAAGGCCUACCCAAAACAGAGGCCAAAGCGGGUCAAAGCCAUCUACAACUGCAUCGCCGACAACCCAGACGAGCUGACCUUCUCCGAGGGCGAGGUGAUCGUGGUGGACGGAGAGGAGGACCAGGAGUGGUGGCUGGGACACAUCGAAGGAGACUCACUGAGAAGAGGAGCCUUCCCGGUUACGUUUGUGCACUUCAUCGUCGACUGAGCGCUCUUCCUGGUUUGCAGCGGCCCUCCUUCACCGUUUGGGACGGCCAGCCAGCAAAACAAGCGCCAUUGUCUCCUUUGUUAUGUGUCAAUAAUGAACAGAUCCUGGCACCACAGACGUCAUUGCUGCGUCAGCACCUUUGGCUGAAACCUGUGCCCGAAAGCCUGGAUAAUAUAUCUGACAUGGACUCUGACUUAAAAGAAAAAAAUCUGAUUGUAGGGAAUGACCUCUCCUAAUAAAUGCACUUUCCUUGUCUUUAUCAACUCAAGACACGUGACAUAAUGAAGGUUGUAUGUGCAGUAUUAGUUUUAUCAUUUUCUGAUCAGCUACAUUGUACCUGUUAAAGUACGAAAGGCUACAACAGUGUCGUUCAUCUUCUUACCAACUGUAAAUGUGAACUUAGUCUUACAUUCCACCUGUGCAUGAGCUGCUAGGUGUAGCUUUGACUCUGUAGUAGCCCUCCUGCAGGGAGGUUUUCCUAAUGGUGCUAAGUGAACCCUGGAAUAUGCCACAACCUGAACCCGAGGCAGCGAUUCCUUGCUCCUGUGUCAAGGAUGGACUGGCGUUGGAAGGGGGGAUGCUGUGUGUGUGUGUGUGUGUAUAGAGAGUAAUAGAGCUGCAGGUGAACGUCUGCCUGCGUUAUUCCAGGAAAUGUUUGAAACCAUGACUUCAGUUCCCCCCAUGAUUAUUAUUUUUUUAAUAAAAAGAUGACAUUGAGUGGAGCUGCAGCAGAUGGUAAUUAUCCUUGCCGAGUCUGGCACCUCGGGCUGUCUUCGCCUGCCAUUUGCCUUAUUAGAGUAGGAGCAAGCGUGUGUGUGUGUGUGUGUGUGUGAGUGUUACUUGUCCGCAGAGAAUGAAUAAAUAUUGAUGAGGGGAAAGGUGUGGGGAUGUGACGCGAACUGAGUUAGCUGUGACUUAAUUCGCUUCCUCUUGCCUUCCUCGAGUGCCGGCAGGUUGUGUUAAGUCUCAUCUUUGAGUCUGGCUCUACCAACCAGACAUGGAGGAGGCUCCUUCCUCCAGCUAACGCUUCCAUAUCUGUAUAUUUCUAGGGUUAAAUCGUGUAGAAAGAUGAAUUUAUCUAUAGCCUUGUGAAAUAAAUAUAAAUCGGACAACGUAAUUAACUUUAGUCUCGGUUGCAGAGCAACUUUGUUUGUUCAUAAUGUUGAUAUUUAGGCAUUUAACCAGAAACCAGAGCCUUCCAUGUAUUUGUUAAUGACAAGAAGAAGCAUGUGGAUCGCGGCUGAUCCACUCACUUCACAUUUAAGAUUAACUCACUGGAAUAAUCUAUCCAUGUACAUACGUUGUUUUGUCGAUAUUUAAGUGUAUCACGUUUAAUGCACUGUGGGCCUCGGCUGGACCUGCGUGGGUGGUCAACAUUACACUCGUGCACAAACUGCAAGAAAUAAUCUCACUUUGUUUUCAUUCGCCGUCUGUGGAUCACUGCAUCAACUCUUAACUUUAUUGUGCAAGUACAUGGGAAAAUGAAACUGGAAGAAUAAAAUAUGAAACCAUAAA